AUGUUGAUUUCCUGCGCCGCUUGGCAGGCACACGCGGCUGUGAACUGCACGACCGCGGGUCGUUUCGCUGACACAGACGACACUACGUGCCAAAACUAUUACCUCUGCGUCUAUAUCAGCUCCACCAGUUCAUUCACAGCCUACAACUACACGUGUCCAACUACGUCCCUAUUCAAUCCCACCACUCAAGUUUGCACAACCGAUUACGAGUGUACUUCCACGAAUACGACAAAUACCACCGAUUCCAGCACGUCUGUGUGCACUGAAGAUGGAUACGUGGCUGACUCGAACUCGACUGACUGCUCGAGCUACAUUCAAUGUGUGAGCAUUAAUGGCACGUUCGAAGAAACUACGCUCACCUGCCCUAAUACGACUUAUUUCAAUCCGAAUACUACGUAUUGCGAUUCGAACUAUACCUGUCCUGCAACGUCUGAUAAUAGCACUAGUACUACAACUGACACGUGUACAACAACUGGCAGGAUCGCUGACACGUCAGACACGACGUGUCAAACUUACUACUUGUGUGUUGAGCUGAGCGAUGGCACGCUCGAACAGUACACCUACACCUGUCCUUCCACAUCCGUGUUCAACCCCAAUACUGGACUUUGUACGACAAAUUACACAUGUACAACUACAUAA